AGUUACGUCACUUCAAUCCAAUUCCGACAUAUUCCAAAUUCGAUUUUAUAUCGGGUUUUCAGGAUUCUACUUUGCAGAUCCAACCAAAAUAAAUAACUCAAAAUGAGUGCCUGGAGGCAAGCCGGUUUAAAUUACAUAAACUACUCCAACAUCGCUGCAAAGAUGUUGCGACGAGCUCUGAAACCCGAACUUCGUGCCGAUGCUCUUAAACGUGAUGAAUCUCACGUUCGCAUUACUCCUUGGCUCAACGGCAGGCCAGCUCAUGAAAAGGACUAAACAGGACAAUCUGAAUUAGAUCUGAAAGCUGCCGGUGCCAAGUAAAUAAGGAGGAAUUCUUUACCAGCAUGCAUGAUCAUUUGCAAAUGUUAGUUUUAUGUAAUGUCAUCUAAUAAAUUAUUGUUGUAAACAU